GGAUUUGGAGUAUAUUGUUUCCCAAAUCUUGGUUUGGGCUUAAAACCAGUUUGACUGUUGAUUUGAAGUAGACGGCUUGUUCUCCUGCGCCACUGUAAUUUGCUAAUUUACAAACUUUGCUUGCCCACGCGAGAUCGAGAAUUCGAGUCUGGCUUUGAUUCUCCUUUUUCUAAUCAGGAAGUGUUCACAAAAGAUUUGUAUCUGAAUCAUAUUUAGCCUUCAAUGGAGCAUGAAAGGUUGAAUUCUCCUGACACUUCAGCUAUUCUAUUGGAAGUUUUGGGGCAUCAAUUACAUUUUUCUCAAGACCCAAAUUCCAAGCAUUUAGGGACAACAGUUUGGGAUGCAUCUAUGGUGUUAGUCAAAUUUCUGCAGGAAAAGAAUAGUCGAAAGGGUAGAUUUUCUGCAUCUAAACUGAAAGGAAAACGUGUUAUUGAACUUGGAGCAGGAUGUGGGGUUGCUGGAUUUGGUAUGGCUAUGCUCGGAUGUGACGUAGUUUCAACUGACCAGGCUGAAGUUUUGCCUUUGCUAAUGCGAAAUGCUGAACGUAAUAGUUCAAGAGUCACACAAGUGAAUCCUGAUAACUUUGGUUCCAUUGAGGUUGCUGAGUUGGAUUGGGGCAAUAUGGAUCACGUAAGGGCUGUUUGUCCACCGUUUGAUUUUGUCAUUGGCACUGACGUUGUUUAUUCCGAGAAUCUAUUGGAACCACUUUUACACACCAUUCUUUCAUUAUCAGGUCCAAAGACUACUAUUCUGCUGGGAUACGAGAUUCGCUCCACAAAUGUUCAUGAACAAAUGCUUGAAUUGUGGAAGAGAAACUUUGAGGUUAAAAUUGUUCCGAGAUCAAAGAUGGACAGUAAAUAUCAGCAUCCAAGUAUCCAGCUUUUCGCCAUGAGUUUAAAGCCUUCAGAAACAGGAAAGACAGAUAGUCAAAAUAAUGGUGCUGGAACAGAUCAAAUAAUCUCAAGGGAAGUGGAAGAUUGCAAUAGCGAUGACACUGGUGUUGAUGAGUUAAAAGAUUUUGAUGUAGCUGAAGAAGUUGAUAAUGAAAACACUGGUGUUGAUGAGUUAAAGGAUUUUGAUGUAGCAGAAGAAGUUGAUAAUGAAAAUGUGCCAAUUCCAAGCAAUUUGAACGAUAUUGAGAAGCUGACCGAGUGGGAGACACGACGAUAUGGUGCUAUGGCUGCAAGGCUACUUCGUGAUGUCAAAAUAACUUGAAAUUGGUAGUUUUCCUUAUAUUUUUAGUUAGUAACCUGUCUGGGUUAACUUUUUUGUGGUAGAUGUUGCUUUUGUAUUAAAUAUUAUUUUUGCUAUAGAUGUCAUUUUGUAAUGUAAAAGAGGAAAAAAAACAUUGCAACCAGUUGAUGAUCAUUUCGAUGAUAUUUUAUUCGGUUGCGAUAC